CCCAAAUGGGAUGUGGGAAUGGCGAGGAAGGAAUCUCUCUCAAUCUGAUCUGAGAGAGAGAUAAGCGGCGGGAGUGGGUGGAGUGUGGAGUGUGGGGGAGGGUUCAGUAUUUGGGUUUGGCUAUUGGGUAGAGAGUAAUGGUGGUGGUGGUGGGGAUGGGGGUUAACGCUAUGAAAGGCGGCGGUAGCCUUCUGCUGCGGAAUUAUGGCGGCUGCGUUCGGCCGCCGUCGUUGCUGCUUCCAACAGCAACCACAAGAUGCUAUUGCUAUUGCUAUUGCGUCGGUCACCUGGUCAAAAAAGGGUACGGGAGCGUUGGGAAAUCCAUGGCUCCUCGCCCGGGCCCGCUUCCGCUAUGCAGUAGUAGUACACGGAGGCCUGCACCACCAACAAAAUUGUUCUUCUGCACAAGAGCUUUUCAGAACAAUGUGGCCACCGAUUCUCCUUCUCCUUCUUCUUCUUCUAAUCCGGAAGCACCAUCGUCUCCCUCCUCUGACGAUGGUAAUGAUGAUGAUCUUGAAACGAAGAUAAGGAAUGCAGCCAACACGCUCGACAUAAGGGUUGGGCGCAUUCUGAGGGCCUGGAGACACGAGGAGGCCGACUCCCUCUAUGUUGAGGAGGUGGAUAUCGGCGAACCCCAACCCCGAAUUAUUUGCAGUGGUCUUGUCAACUAUAUUCCUCUUCAACAUCUUCAGGACAAGCAAGUCGUUGUCCUGGCCAAUUUGAAGCCAAGGAAUAUGCGUGGUGUCAAGUCAUCCGGGAUGCUUAUGGCUGCUUCUGAUGCCUCACAUGAGAAUGUUGCGCUUCUAGUCCCCCCUGAGGGUUCACUUCCUGGUGAAAGGAUAUGGUUUGGGUCCGCGGAUGAGAAAGACAACCUGCCUGCUGUUGCUACGCCGAACCAGAUUCAGAAGAAAAAGAUCUGGGAAUUAGUGCAACCUCAUCUUAUGACGGAUAGCAAUUGUGUUGCUUCACUUGGGGAGUGUUUCAUGCGAACGUCAGGAGGUCUGGUGGUAUGCAGAUCUCUGAAAAAUGCAAACAUAUCAUGAUCAAACGAGGAUUUCAGUUUUACUUAUUCAACCUAUUUUAUCCAACCCAUCUUAGUGUAGCGGGGACCAAUUUGUGGGGUGUCAUGUAUUUCUACAAUUGAACGGUCAGUAUUAAUUGUUUAUGGAUAUUAUUCUAAAACAAGAGGAGAUGUGGUUACCAUACGCUGCCUUAGCAUCGUCCUUUGGCUGUUGAGUUUGUUCAAAGCAGUGUGUGUGAAUGGAAAAUUGAAUGAUCAAUCUA